AUGGCAGAUUUGGAAGAAACUCAGAGUCUUUUAGAUUCAAAUCAAGAUGAUCGGAACAAUAGAAGCAAAAUGUCCCCGUUCUGCGAUCCGAAUCAUUUACUGCACCGAUUCAUCGUCCUUAUUUUCAUGUGUUUUCUGGGAUUCGGCAGCUACUUCUGCUACGACAACCCGGCUGCUCUUCAGAAACAAGUCACCCAGGAUAUGCACUUAACCACCUCCCAGUUCAUGCAGCUUUAUGCCUGGUACUCAUGGCCCAAUGUGUUCCUCUGUUUUUUGGGAGGAUUUCUGUUGGACCGAGUUUUUGGCAUCAGGUUGGGGACCAUCAUCUUUGGACUCUUUGUGUGUAUUGGACAGGUGAUAUUUGCCACAGGUGCUUUGGCUAACCACUUCUGGUUGAUGGAGGCUGGCCGCUUUGUUUUUGGGAUUGGAGGAGAGUCUUUGGCUGUGGCGCAGAACACCUAUGCAGUGAACUGGUUUAAAGGAAAGGAGCUCAACCUGGUGUUUGGUCUGCAGCUCAGCAUGGCUCGAGUGGGCAGUACAGUGAACAUGAACGUCAUGGGCUCGGUGUAUGAUCGGAUGAAAGCUUUACUGGGCCAGUCAGGUCACUUCACUCUUGGAGCUGCACUAAUGAUUGCGGCUUCGACCUGCGUCUUCUCCUUAUUCUGCUCGCUGAUGCUGGCUUACUUCGACAAGCGUGCAGAGCGGAUCCUCAACAAGGAGGAAGGAAAGACGGGGGAAGUGAUCAAACUGAGGGAUGUGAAAGACUUUCCUUUUCAACUCUGGAUGAUUUUCAUCAUCUGUGUGGGAUAUUACGUCGCCAUCUUCCCCUUUAUCGGCUUGGGACAAGUCUUUUUCAUCGAGAAGUUUGAAUUCACGCCGACCCAGGCCAGAGCGAUCAACAGUAUCGUCUACGUCAUCUCGGCUCCUGCCUCACCCGUCUUGGGUUUCUUGGUGGAUAAAACUGGAAAGAACAUCACGUGGGUUCUGUGUGCCGUCAUCACCACGCUGAUCGCUCACAUGAUGCUGGCGUUUACAUUCUGGAACCCCUGGAUUGCCAUGGUGAUCAUGGGCAUCUCCUAUUCCCUGUUGGCCUGUGCUCUCUGGCCAAUGGUGGCCUUCGUGGUGCCAGAACACCAGCUGGGUACAGCUUAUGGAUUUAUGCAGUCCAUACAGAACCUGGGCUUGGCGCUCAUCUCUAUGGCAGCUGGAGCCAUUCUGGACGGCAGAGGGUACUUCUUACUGGAGGUCUUCUUCUGUGCAUGCAUUUGCUUGGCUCUGAUGGCAGUGUUAUUGCUUUACUUUGUGGACUAUGCUCGAGGUGGAGAGUUGAACCUGUCCGCAUCAGCCCGAGCACGACGAUCAAAAAGUAUUGCUGAUUCAGAGUGAUACGUCUUCAGUCCAGUGAUUUCACCCUUCCUGCUGUGGGCUCCCUCACCGGCACUGGGAAUUUCUGCACUACCUACUUCUCCUCACCACACGUACCACUCUUAAUCCCAACACUGCCACUUAGAUACCAGCGGAGAACAGGGCCAAUCCCAAAUCCUCUCAGACAGCCUUCUUCCCUUAGAUGCCGCUGUGCUGAGAAUAUCAGUGGAGUGAUGAUCAGGGCUGAGGAGAGGAGACUGGAGUGGAUUUGGCUGGUUGGGUUGUGGUUGUUCCAUGAACGAUAUUGACAUUCUGUCAGCUAUACCACGGGGUGGCCGUGCACUGAACAUAUUACUUUCUUCUUCUUAAGUGGGCCAGUUUUACAAACUUUUGCACGGGUGAAGCUUCACUGACUGGGAAACUGGAACUGGUUUUAAUUGUGCGUUUGUUGUUGACAGUGAUGUUUCAGAUAUUUAAGCAGAGUUUUUUGGUUGCUCGGCUUUGACGAGUCAGAAGUUUUAUUGUUUCUAGCUUUUUAUCAAUCAUGAUUGUAUAAUUUUUAAUCCAAUCAGGAUUUGAUUUUUUAUUUCUAACCACAACCUGUACGGAGUCGCAGUCGUGAAUGAUUUUAUACUUUGUAAAAACUGAUUUUAAAUGUGCACUUUAUAUGUGCCUUUAAAGAAUCUCAAAAGCUUCCCUGGAUAUUUAUUUAUAAUUCUAUGAAAUAUCAUUUUGCAAGCAACUCGCCGAUCAGGCAUAACAUUAUAACCACCUUCCUAAUAUUGUGUUGGCCCCCUAUUUGCUGCCAAAAUAGCCCUGACCUGUCGAGGCAUGGACUCCACUAGACCCUAUAAGUUGCGACGUCUGGCCUCCAUGGAUCGGACAUUGGAUCGAGAUCUGGGGAAUUUGGAGGCCAAGUCAACACCUCAAACUCGUUGUUGUGCUCCUCAAACCGUUCCUGAAGCAUUUUUGCUUUUUGGCAGGGCGCAUUAUCCUGCUGAAAGAGGCCACAGCCAUCAGGGGAUACCGUUUCCAUGAAAGGGUGUACAUGGUCUGCGACAGUGUUUAGGUAGGUGGUCACAAUUUGGCCCUUGUCAGACUCGCUGAAGUCCCCACGCUCGCCCAUUUUUUCUGCUUCUAACAUCAACUAACAUCAGGAUAAAAUGUCCCACCCACUAACAGGUGCCGUGAUGAAGAGAUUUUCAGUGUCAUUCACUUCACCUGUCAGUGGUCAUAAUGUUAUGCCUGGUAGGUGUAUGUAACCAUCAAAUAGUCCUGAUGGGACUUCAAUUUGUGAAGAUCUAUAUUAUUUUGAGUUCUAUCAAACGUAUACUGACCGUAUGCCCUAAAAUAGAAACAGUCAUCAAUCUCUUAAAAGAAAAUUGGUCUAAAAGAACUCAUAAAGAAACAAGAUACUAAAACAUUUGAUAAGGCUUUUAUUUUUGCUUUGGGAGCCUAUCUACAUGGUUAAUUCAGGAAGUUCAGAAGGGUAACAGCUCCAGAUCUGAUUUAAAUCCUUUGAUUUAUAAUGAAACUUGAAAUCAUGAAACUUUUCUCAGGAAAAUCUUCAUUCUGUGUUUAAAAAGUGUUGAUUUUGGAUUAUUGAAUUGUGUUGGAUUAGGUUUGUUUUUGUACUGUAUAAACUGAAUCCUAAAAGAGCAAAUAAAUAAUGAC